AUGAGUUUAAGGAAGCCAAAGAGUGUUAUCAUCAAGCACGACGAGUCAGAUAGUUCUGGUGGAGGAGAGGAUCACAACGAGACCAUUUCCAGCUCCGUGCGGCAAGUGAAAGCAAGGAAGAAGAAGGGGAGGGCGAAGAAAGUGACGGUAAACAAAGGUUUUGAGGAUGAGGACGAUGUGGAGGCGGGCCUGUCAGCUGAGGUGAAGCUGGCGAAGAGACCAGUACCUCUUUUCGAGGAGUAUAAGGACGAUGUUGGUGGGUAUAUGAACGAGAUCAGGGAAAAGAUGAGUAAGGCUAAGGAGUACAUAACCGUUCCAGUGGAAGAUGAUGCGAUCCUGGAGCCCGAGGAGGACCCACUGGAUGAUGGAAUGCUGCCACUGACCACCAAGGAUGCUGAAAUGCAGAGGAAACUACGUGACAUGGAGAUCAAGGAAUCCAUGUACGAUCUUGAGCUGGACUUUGAAGGGGAAGCAGAUACGGGAGGUACGGCUAUCAAGAUGAAUCUACUGCCAGAUGGGAAAGACUAUAAAUCGGAAUUGGAGCUGGAGAUACAACGGCUUGAAAUGUCAAGACAGGAAAGACUGGAGUCCCUGGAGGAAUUAUCGUCUAAGAGGGCCGAGUGGAACGUCCAGCUGGUCCAAUUGGCCAAUGAGAGAAUGUUCUCAUCAUCUUCAUCGUCGAAGAUCCGUCACCUGGUAUCAAUCAGUGAUCUCACCACCAAGGAGUUCAACCACCUCGUGGAUAAGGCCAUUGCGUACAAGGCCGUUGUCAAGAAGAACGACAUCAACGACAUCAGAGCCCAGCACGACAAGUUGCUGGGGAAGACGGUGGCAUUGAUCUUCUCCAAGAGAUCUACCAGAACCAGGCUGUCGUCGGAAGGUGCCUCUGCAUUCUUUGGUGCCCAACCAAUGUUUUUGGGGAAAGACGAUAUCCAGCUCGGAGUCAAUGAGUCCUGGUACGAUACUACAAAGGUGAUCAGCUCCAUGGUUAGUGCCGUGUUUGCCAGAGUGAACUCUCACGAUGAGAUCCUACAGCUCACAAAGCACUCCGAUGUUCCAAUCAUCAACUCUCUGUGUGACAAGUACCACCCUUUGCAGGCCAUCACUGACAUCAUGACGAUUAGGGAGACAUUCCCAGAGACAAAGGGUCUGAAAUUGGCGUGGAUUGGAGACGCCAAUAACGUCAUCAACGACCUGUUCAUUGCGUCUUUGAGAUCCGGUAUCGACGUUGCGAUUGCCACUCCACAGGGGAUUGAGAUUGAUCCUUCUGUCGUUGAGAAGGCUAAGGAGGUUGCCAAUGAAACAGGAACCUCAUUCUUCCUCUCUCACGAUCCAUUGGAGGUGUCUAAGGGCUCCAACAUUCUUGUCACCGAUACCUUUGUCUCCAUGGGCGAGGAAUCACAAACUGAGCAGAAGUUGAAGCAGUUCAAGGGCUUCCAAAUCUCAAAAGAGCACACACAGCUGGCUGCUCCAAAUUGGAAGUUUAUGCACUGUCUUCCACGUCACAAGGAAGAGGUUACGGAUGAGGUGUUCUACUCUGAGAACUCUGUAGUAUUCCCAGAGGCUGAAAACAGAUUGUACGCUGCAAUCUCUGUGCUCGAUACCUUUGUCAUUAACAAGGGCGACUUCACCAAGUGA